CUAGUGAGUGAGACUCUGACGGGCCCGCGUGAAAAGUCCUCCCUUCGUAGUUGGAACCCACACCGUUUUUUUCUUGGCCACCAAAUAACCGUCGCCCAUUCGCCUUUCGCCGGCCACCACCGUCGACAGACUCCAUUCACAUACGUAUAAGACUCGACAGAGACGAGAGAGAGUGAGGGGUGGUAUGGGGGCUGAUUACUACAACAUACUGAAAGUGAACAGGAACGCGAGAGAGGAUGAUUUGAAGAAAGCCUACAAGAGACUCGCCAUGAUAUGGCACCCUGACAAGAAUCCUUCUGGCAAGAGAAGCGAGGCCGAAGCCAAGUUCAAGCAAAUCUCCGAGGCUUAUGACGUCCUUAGCGACCCCCAAAAGCGCCAGAUCUACGACCUCUACGGCGAGGAGGGUUUGAAGUCCGGUCAGGUCCCUCCGUCGCCGGCUUCUUCUGCUUCCUCCUCCAAUCGCGGAAACUAUUACAACCGCCAGCACCCGAACCCCUCUUUCAGGUUCAACCCUAGGGACGCCGAUGAUAUCUACGAGGAGCUUUUUGGAUCAGAGGGCGGAGGUGCUGGGAGGAGAAGGGAGGGACAAUCUCGGAAUCGGAAUAAUGGAGAGUUGAAGAAGACGCCUCCGGUGGAGAAUGUACUGCCCUGUAGCUUGGAGGAACUGUACAAAGGUGUAAAGAAGAAGAUGCGGAUUUCUAGGGAUAUCUACGAUGCCACUGGUAAAGUUCGGACUGUUGAGGAGAUAUUGACCAUUGAGAUAAGACCUGGUUGGAAGAAGGGCACAAAGAUUACAUUCCCUGAGAAGGGUAAUGUCGAGCCUGGUAUUAUUCCUGCAGAUGUUGUCUUUCUGGUGGAUGAGAAACCACAUGCACUUUAUAAGAGGGAUGGAAAUGAUCUACUGGUUAACCAGGAGAUAACGCUGCUCGAGGCCCUGACAGGAAAGAGCCUUGACCUAACUACGCUGGAUGGGAGGAAUCUCAUGAUACCAUUGACAGAUAUCAUCAAACCUGGUGCUGAGGUGGUUGUCCCAGAUGAAGGAAUGCCAAUCUCAAAAGAACGAGGGAAGAAAGGAAACUUGAGAAUCAAAAUUGAUGUAAGGUACCCAUCAAGACUUACCUCGGAGCAGAAAUCUGAGUUAAAACGAGUUUUGGGAGGUGUUUCUUGAUGAUUACCUUAUUAGUUGGAGGACCGACAUGGAAUUUAACCCUGGUAGUUGGUGCAAUUGGUGUUGGAUGUACAUAUGCUGAGCAUGCUGUUUCUGGAUGUGAAUUAUAGGAAGCUUGGCGUGUUAAGGCUCUUAGAACUUGUAUCUUGUGACGGUAUUGUGGUUAGGCAUCAGUUCUUUUCCACUGGUGUCUUGGAUUUCAUAUGCUUAGAAUUUCCAUAUAGGCUUAGAGAUGCUGAUACUCCUUUCAGGGAGGAAAUAGAGAGGAGUUGAAUAGGUAAAUUUUUUACACGGAAAUAUAUUGAACUUGUGAGAUCGUUUCACUCAUGAUUCAACUGGGGGUGUUUUUUGGGAAGCACUUGUGUAAGUUGAUUUGUAGCACCAAAAUUGCUUUUUUGCUUUUGCUGGUGCCACCCAGAAAACAUUGAAGUUGUGGCUUUGUUUCCUUGAUGAUUCAACCCAGACCCAGUCAUUUAUUCUUCUGAUAUUCUAUUGUAAUUGGGGGUCAAUUGAAUUUAAAGCUUUAUAAUAAGCACAGUUCAUGGGCUCAAUUCAA